CCGCACGGAGGCGAGCUCGCAUCAGAAACGACACGUUUCCUCACAAGUUGCAAAACUCAACGCGAUUUUUUAUUUUUUUUUUUUUCGUGGGAGGGACUCGGAUCGGGACUCCGGAAAGGAGAGGAGAAAAACUCCGGCGCAACGCGGCAGGAAGACAGCCAGGCUUGCACAGCCACAGAGACAAGGGGAGUCUCUCUGUGCAAAAAAAAAACAACAACAACAUAAAAACGAGCUAAAUUAAUACAAAGCAACAGAGAAAACCGCAGCUCUGGGUUCAAGCAGGGAGGUAAUUGAGGCGGAAGCGAGCUCGGAAGCGGAGGGGGGGUGAAGAGGCACGCUAUUUUUUUCAUCUUUUUUUUUUUUUUAAAACCCCUCCUAUAAUUUUGAGUUCUGUUUUUGAUUAUAGUCUUUCCAGUUGUUAAUACAACGAGCACUGCCGCUUAAAGAGGGCGUAUUUACAGCCAACCAUCCGUGUUUAUGUUUUUAUAAUUUUAUUGUUAUUAUUAUUAUUAUUAUUAUUAUUAUUUAAACUUGACGCCACAUGUUUAACAUCUGCGGCGGAAAGACAGGAUAUAAUUUAGCAGACGCGGUGAAAAAAUAAGUCUACGAAAUACGGUUUAGCUGGUUAACCUUUAUCACAUCUCUGCUUCGUAAAAGCGGCUUUCAACGUCACUAUAUGUUUUUCUUCGACUAAUAAUCGUCGUUUUCUUUUUUUAUUUUCUCUCACAUCGUGCAAACUUGAUUACAAACUUUGCAAUGCAAAAAUAAGCCUAUUUUUUUUAUAUAUAAUUUAAUAAUACAAUUUCUCUGGACCGGCCGGAGUAGCUGAAAUUUAACGACAAAACCAAAAAAAAAAAAAAAAAGCGGAUUACCGCAGCACCACCGAGGAGGGAAAUUUGGAAUCGUCUCCGUGGAAAAUAAACAUGCUCCGGACGGUGAGUGACUGGUUCUGGUGGGACCGGCUCUGGCUCCCUGGUAACGUGACCUGGUCGGACCUGCAGGACCGGGACGGACGUGUCUACGCCAAGGCCGCUGACCUGUGGGUGACCCUGCCCCUCGCCUUGCUGUUCAUGGUCAUCCGACAGAUCUUCGAAAUAUGGGUAGCCACUCCUCUGGCGCGUCUCCUGGGUGUGAAGGAUCAGACCCGGUUGAAAGUCCCUCCCCGCCCCGUUCUGGAGAACUUCUACACGACGACCUCGAAGCGACCCAAACCGGCGGAUGUGGACGCGCUGUGUAAGAAGACGGGCUGUUCGGUCCGGCAGGUGGAGCGGUGGUUCCGACGGAGACGCAACCAGGACCGGCCCAGCCUGCUGAAGAAGUUCCGCGAGGCCAGUUGGAGAUUUACCUUUUACCUUCUUGCUUUCUUUGCUGGCCUGGCAGCCCUGAUUGACAAGCCCUGGUUCUACAAUCUCAAGGACAUGUGGAAGGGGUUCCCUGUGCUGGUCUUGCUGCCCUCCCAGUACUGGUACUACAUGAUUGAACUGGGAUUCUACUGGUCUCUGCUCUUCAGCGUGGCCUCUGACAUCAAAAGAAAAGAUUUCAAGGAGCAGAUCGUCCACCACAUUGCCACCAUCGUGCUGAUCAGCUUAUCCUGGUGUGUGAACUUCAUCCGCGCCGGCACCCUCAUCAUGCUGGUGCACGACUCCUCUGACUACUUCCUGGAGUCUGCCAAGAUUUUUAACUACGCUGGCUGGAAGAAGACCUGCAAUGCCAUCUUCAUCGUGUUCGCCGCAGUCUUCAUCAUCACCAGGCUGGUCAUCUUCCCCUUCUGGAUCCUGCACUGUACUGUGGUGUACCCCCUGUCCAUCUACCCCCCCUUCUUUGUGUAUUACUUCUUCAACGGGCUGCUGAUGGUGCUGCAGCUCCUGCACCUGUUCUGGGCCGCGCUGAUCCUGCGCAUGGCGCACAAGUUCAUGACGGGCAAGGUAAGACACGCCAGCGGCCUGCUGGGUAAUCUCGCUGCGCUGCGGAUGGCAGCGCGGAUUGCUGUUCUUGAAUUCUCUCUCCUUUCGUAUAUAUAUAUUUUUUAAUACAUUUUUUUCCUG